AUGAAUGAAGCCAUCGAUCGUGUCACCAGAAUGAGUGAAGCCAUCGAUCGUGUCACCAGAACGAGUGAAACUCUCGAUCGUGUCACCAGAAUAGCUGAAGCUAUCGAUCGUGUCACCAGAAUUGGUAAAACCCUCGAUCGUGUCACCAGAAUGAGUGAAGCCAUCGAUCGUGUCACCAGAACGAGUGAAGUCAUCGAUCGUGUCACCAGAAUGAAUGAAGCCAUCGAUCGUGUCACCAGAAUGAGUGAAACUCUCGAUCGUGCCAUCAGAAUGAGUGAAACCCUCGAUCGUAUCACCAAAAUGAGUCAAGCCCUAGGUUGUGUCGCCAGAAUGUAUCAAAUCCUCUAUUAUUCCGCGAGGAUAAGUCAAAUUCCCGAUAGAUACUGUUACAAGAGUAAUUCUCUAAUGCGUAAUAAAAUGGAUAAGUUGAAAUCGUCAAAUCUAUCAAAAGUGUUAUUAAUUGGCGAUGUAAACGACAAUUUACUUGAGUCACUAUUGGGAAAUAAAAAUUCCACGUUGAAACGAAAGAGUGAACUUCUAUUGGAUACGAAAUAUUACGUGGCUCGCUUGAAGUUAGUAUCGUUGAAGACAGUUGAAAAGAUUAAUGAAUGGAAGACUUCCACACUGAAUGUAAACGUUGGUGCUAUUGUGUAUAAUUAUGAUGGAGAAUUCCGUUCAAUGGAGCAGUUGAAACAACAAAUGUCUACAUGGCGAGCAGAAAUUCAAGUCACUGUUUGUAAACGUUUGGAGCGUUCGGCGGAUUGGUCAGAAAAUUUAUAUCGCUUUUGUGCUGAUGAACAGAUAGAGUUGGUAGAACUUGACCCGGAUGCUGAAACAAUAGAAGAGUUAAGUGAAUAUCGUGAACUUUAUGGAGUGCCUCGUAUAAGACAGAUCUUAGAAGCUGGAAGCUGGAGCGAUAAGACAAUGAAGCUGAAUCCGCUUGAAUCAAAUGAACAACGAGAUUUUAAGAAAAUUGAUCACCCUAUUAAUAAUUCUGCUAAAAAGUCUUCCAAAAAUUCUUUUGGUGAUGAAGAGUUCGGAUCAGAUGGUUGUGAUAUGACAAAUGAGGAAAAAGAAAUGAUAUUGAAGUUGUUUGGAAGACCAAAGGUAUUAUUUGAUAGUGUGAUUAAAGAUGCAGAUAUUCCGGAUCGUGCAGUUAUUGAUUACUUCAAAUUAGAAGCGGAAAAAUCCAAAAGACAGAACAAAGUAGCUGCCAGCAAGAAGAGGAAGAAAAAGAAAUCAAAAGUUACAACUACAAAUGAAUUUGGUGAAUUUGUUGAUGCGAAAAAUUCAAUGUCAAGCAAUGUAUUGAUGCAAAACUCAUCGAAUACGAAGAACGAACAAAUAGAUGUUGAUAUACAUAUGCGCAGAGAGCAAGAACCGAGUGCUGGUAAUUGCAAAAAGUCUCUAGAAAAUCCCAAGAAAGAUUCAUGUAAAUUAAAUAGUGUUUCGCAAUCAAUGAUCGAUGAAUUAUUUGAGAAAAGUGUCGAUGAACAGGGUGCAAAUUUGGUCAAUAAAAUUCAUGCAGCACGAUCAGCAUUACUCAAAAUGCCGUUUGGUCCAGAACGACAGAAUUUAGCAGCUGAUACGAUGGCUGCAGUAAUCAAAUCAAUUGGAGAUAGUGAUUUUUUCAACAGUUCUUCAGAUGAUGAACCACACACCUAG